CGCGCUCAGGGAGACCAAAAAUCAUGAACAACGAGGAUCUUCGACAAGUGGUAGAGGCAAAUUCCAGGACAACGUGCCAAGAACUUGCAGAAAUGUUCAGAGUCCUGAAACUAUUCGUUUGCAUCUUCAUCCGCAUUUGUUCAGCAAACAUUUCACGCAACGCUAAUGAACCAUUCCUUAAUCGGUUAUUAACCUGCGAAAUAGAUCUUGUAUUCGAAUUCUAGGCGUUCGUAUCACCUACUGAUUCGG